AUGGCGGCCGACACACCGCCGCCGUCUCUGCCGGACCUCGACCUCGAAGAUGGUACGCCAGGCUAUGAGACCAUCGAGGAGCGCUGCUUCUCUGCCGCCCUCAUAUGUCUAGAGGGUCACUAUACUAUCCCACCCAUGGGCCCUCAGACCGCCGCUCGGGUCUCAUCCAUGAUCGCCAAAACGCUCGAGAAGACUCACACCUUCAAGCAUGUUAGAGAAACACUGUCAAGGAACGUCGAGAUAUGGAUUUGGUUGACCAAGAUCUUUGGCGCCGCCAUCCCCAGUCUCACCACACGCUCGGUGGGCCCGCUGUCGAGCCUCAACGAUCCCGAGAAGGGCGUCACCCCUCAGGAGAGCACUGCUCUCAUCGUCAAAAACCACCACAGUCUCAAGGACGACCUCUCCAUCUUGAACAAGCUCAUGCACAUCGCGAGAAACCUGCUGGUAACAUCGGAACCAGAGGUGCCCCAGGAUAUUUGCGCCGCCGUUCACUUUGACCAGAUGGUUUAUCAGACCAUCAUUCUCUGUGUCAAUGUCACCAGCAAAGGUUACGAUGGUGAGAUCUUGGACGAGACGUCAAGGGCUAAGCUGAAUGAGAUCACCGAUUUGUACAAAAAGCUCCUGGUCACAUCCCUUCAACAAGCCCACAACUGGACCGCCAAAAAUGACCGCAACAAGAUGUCAUUCUGGUACGACGUACUAUUUGACGAGGACGCGCAGCUCGAUGACCCGCAAGAGGGCAUGGGCGACGGUUCCGGGUUCCGCGUCGACAUUGCCAAAACGGAGAUCCAGCACUGGCUGGAGCGCAACUCGAGAAUGUGCGAGACAGCCCGUAAACUGCUCACAGACUACUCCCAGAACAAGUCCCACAACCCCCCGGGCGUUCUCGCACCCAUCGCGCCGCUGGCGUGGAAUUGGUUCCCCGAGGGUCAGGUCAAGGUUCGCGCCGACAACUACGAGGAGGGCGAGAAGGUGAACCCGAAGUGGGACCCCGACAUCGAGGACAAGUUCGAGCAGGACCGUGCCUACUGCCGCGUGUCUCGAGAGAUUGACACCUGGUGGAUACGUGCGCGCGACGUGAACUAUGACGGCUGGACGGUAGCCAUGCCCAACGUAGAGUUCGCCAAGACGCGAACGGAACACUGCAAGAGCAACCUCCUCAACCGCUACACGCCUGUCAUACGCACGGAAGAGCACGAGGUCGUCGAGGUCGACGAGUCCGAACAGGACCUCGGACCCGAAGAGGGCUCCGCCGAAGAGUACGCCGAGGGCUACGACGACAUGAUGGACGACGAGGAUAUUGACGACGACGAGUCGUACGGCGAGGGCCCCCUGACAGGCCUCCUGACCGAGAUCCCCAACAUACUCGACCCAAAACAGAUUGAGGCCCUCCAUAUGAUUGUCAAAUCCUGCAUCCUCGACUCCGCCGGCACCGGUCUCACCCGCGCGGGCGAGAACCUCCAAAAGACACGUUGCCGCAUGUUCCUCGCCCUCGACUGCGGCAAGUCCCUCAUCCGUGAGAUGCUCGUCUUCAUCGCCGUCUGGGAAAAGGACGAGCAGUCGCUCAUCUUCCAAAUCACCUCGCAGCUCAUCGAGGCCCUCCACCACUCGGCCCUGGUCCCCUACGCCUGGAACUCCCUCCGCAUACCCAAGGACAUCAUCUCCCCCGCGCAAACCGUGCUCCUGCGCCUCGUCAACCAUAUCUUCCGCAGCCGCAUAAGCAACCCCCCGCAGGACAAGAAGGACCAGGAGCGCGAUGUCAAGCUCGUCAUGUUCUUCUUCAGCUUCUUCCGCAGCCGCAUCGUACCCGAAUGCGUCGCCCUCAUGCACCUCCAAGCCCAGAUCCGCGAGGACAACGUCGACCCGGCCGAGUUCCCCGUCGACACCUGGGAUAUGGAGCGCGCCAAGGACGGCCUGGCCCAGUACCUCGACUUCCUGACGACCGCCUCCGAGAUCGCCGAGUCCAGGAAGAAGCUCAUCGAGUGGGAGGCCGUCUACGACCUCAUCACUCUCCUCAAUGGCCUCGAGGCCGGCGUCCCCAAGAAGCCCCUCGUCGACGCCGUCCCCUCCCGCAGCCGACCCUCCGCGCCCUCCUCGGACCAGCAAUCGCAGUCCUCGCAGCAGGCCGCCACUACGACCCCCAUCAUCGAACGCCCUUACUCGACGAGCGACUCCCUGCCGCCUUCCCCUCCUCCGCCCUCCCUCUCCGACCCGGCUCACAAGUACCCCUGGUCCGGCAUCAAGGGCCAGAUCUUCACCAUCCUCGCCACCCUCCUGCAGCCACCGCCGGGCCACUCGACCCCGGGCAACCCGGACGUGCAGACCCAGAUGGUGAACCACAACGGCAUCGUGCCCCUGCUCAACUGCUGCGCCUACGACGACCACAACCCCUUCGCAAAGGAGCGCGUCACGAUCUGCCUAAAGUGGCUCCUCGACGGCUGCGAGGCCGCCAACAACUUCUUCCGCGAGCUCGUCAACCUCGCCCCCGCGCCCAACCUGCGCCCACCUCCCGGUGGCACCACCGUCUCCACUAUCCGUGUGGACGGCAUUCAGGGCGAGGUCAAGGUCCAGGUUCGCUCCAACUCGGCCCCCGCCGGCGACGGAGAGGCGCAAGAAGGCGGCGGAAAGCAGCAUAUCCACGACCCGUACGGUUUGGCAGAGGGCGCCGCCAAGAUGAAUCUCAAGUCCAACCAAAGCAGCGAGCCAUUUAGCGAGGACGAUUUCAUGUAA